UAUUAUUAAAAAUGAUUAGUCUACUUGUCAAAAAACAACUGAAUAUGUUUUAUAUAAAAAACAGGAAAAACAGACUGUUUCAUCCCAGUAUAGAAGCCGCAUAUGUUGCACCUAUUGAUUCUCCUAGAAUAUCCAUUUCUGUUUAAUAUGUCAAGAGCCGACGACAAAUUUCUAUAUUUUGCCUACGGUAGUAAUCUGCUGGAACAGAGGAUACAUAUCAAAAACCCCAGUGCUGAGAGAGCCGGAAUUGCGAAACUCAAGAAUUACAGUUUAGAUUUCAAUACGUACUCCAAUAAAUGGAAAGGUGCUGUCGCUACAAUUACUAAGAAGGAGGGAACUCACGUUUGGGGUGCACUUUGGACGCUGAAUAAGGAACACAUGGAAACAUUAGAUAAACAGGAGAGUGUACCAGUGCAUUACACUCCGGUUACUGUGGAUGUAGAAACUCCAAGUGGAGAAAUAAAAUUUUGCAGGGUGUACAUUCAAACAAAUAAUCCCGAGGCAGUAGAAAAAAUCGAAGAUUUACCGCACGACAGACAACCUUCUUAUGUUUAUCUGAAGACCAUCUUAGAGGGAGCCAAAGAGUCCAAUUUACCAGAUGACUACAAAACCUUCUUGGAAAAAAUUCCCCACAAUGGAUACAAGGGAGAAGUUGAAAUACCAGUAAAUUUGAAUAACAUUAAUUAACAUGCAUUCGAAGAAUGUUUAAAUGUAUUUCUAGUCUUGAAAUUGGUAAUAUCCAAAUUAGAAUGAUUCUACGUAUUGAAUUAAAUGAAUUUGCUGAUGAAGGAUGUUAUUUAAGUAUACUCAAAGCUCAAUUAAUCAAAUUUUGGUAAUUCAGAUUGAUUUUCAGUAAGUUCAAUGGAUUGUUCGAUAUCUACUUGAUAAAUUAGACAUACAAAACUUCUAGGUUAUAUAAAUUGGGCAAUAUCUUUUUGUUUUCUAACAAUUGGGUUUGAAUGUAUGGUAUGUACAUUUUCCUUAUAUACAUUAAACGCUUCAGUAACUUGAA